ACGAGGCUCGGGCUGGAGGUGGUCGAGCUCCCCGCGGACGAGUCGCUCCCGGACUGCGUGUUCGUGGAGGACGCGGCCGUGGUGUGCGGUGACACGGCGCUCAUCACUAGACCCGGGGCAGAGAGCAGGAGGAGAGAGGAUGCUGUGCCGUGCCACUGCGAUUCUCAUCCCCUCAGGAGAAAUUACUCAACUGAAUCGGUGAGCAAUUUGAUGUAAGUGGGAUUAACAGGCCAAGUUAAUGAUCCAGUCAUUAAAUGGAUUCAGGAUUCAUUAUGCACCACAUGUUCUGUGUGAAGAAGUGCUUGUAGCUGGAGUGAGGAGUGUUCUCAUUUCUUUUCACAAGUCUUUGGAAGGAGUGAGACAUAAGCUGAUAACAGUGAAGCACUUUGAAUUUUAAAUUGCAUUACAACUGGUCUGAUUCUGAGUCUGUCCCCUCAAGGCUGGAUUACGUGAGUAUUUGCGUGUCUUCGAGAAUGUUUAUAGCUCAUCAUGGGCAAUUAGUCCAAUUUAAAAUAUCUAUACCAAAGUUACACUAACAUUCUAAAUUAACAGUGGGAUCAAGUAACAAUGCGUAACAUGAAGGAGGACACUUAUGAUGAAUCCAGGUGGAAUUAUCACCAAAUGUGGAACUCACCUCAGCGUCCUGAAGCAUUUUAGCAUCUUUCAGCUCCUUGUUUUGGUUUCAUGGCACACAACUUGAUAGUUUUGCUUCAGUUUGCCCUCUCUGCUCUCAUCAGCCCAUUUUGCUAGCAUAGAACAGAGAUGAAGCGCAGGCUACAUAUGUCUGGUACUUGUUUUCAAGUCUGAUAAAAAUUUAGUUCAUGAGACUUUUACUGGUUUGUUUUAGAGCCACAAAUCAGAAUGAGAAUUCCUUUAUUUAAAUGCUUUAAUGCAUAAUCUGUGAACAGACUUUGAUGAUCUGGAUUCAAGCAGGCAGUUUUGUAGUCAUCCACAAUCUUUUUGGCACAUUUGUGUUUAGAAUUAAUCAUGUCCUCAUUCACACAAACACGCUUGCUGUCUGUGCAUGUGAGUCCAUUCAUUCCCAGGCACAGGAGGUGAGACUCUGGUGUUUAGUUUCCACAUGACGGUGAGUCAGGAGACAGUAUAUGUCAACUGGGUGCCACAAUGUUCUCGGAGUGUCAGGAGGAGGCUGGAGGCCACGGGGAGGGUGCUCGUCUGUUGCAUCUCUCGCACACUGAGGCAAUGAAAGAAGCCCUGAAGAAUCUGAAUCUGAACAUUGUGGAAAUGACCGAUGAGAACGCCGUACUGGAUGGAGGGGAUGUGCUUUUUACAGGCCGCGAGUUCUUUGUGGGCCUUUCCACUCGGACCAAUCAGAGAGGAGCAGAGAUCCUUGCUGAUGCUUUCAAGGACUACGCCGUGUCGACUGUGCCUGUGCUGGAAGGGCUGCACCUGAAAAGUUUCUGCAGUAUGGGAGGACCAGGCCUCAUUGUCAUUGGCUCCAGUGAACCGGCACAGAAAACCCUCAAAAUCAUGCAGCAGAUGAGUGACCAUCGCUAUGACAAACUGACAGUGCCUGACGACUUCGCUGCCAACUGCGUCUACAUGAACCUGCCUAACAAGGGGCAUGUGCUUCUGCACUGCACAUCAGAGCAGUUUCCUGAGAGUGCAAAGGUGUUUGAGAAGCUAAAGGACUACAUGCUGAUCCCCGUGUCCAACUUGGAGAAGGUCAAAGUGGAUGGAGCCCUGACAUGCUGCUCUGUGCUCAUCAACAAGAAAGCCAACAUGAAGGAUAGGCAAGUUUGAUGUUGCUGAGGGACAAAGCAAAUAUAAAGUGAAAGGGAGUCAUCUGGUGUUCCUUUUCCUCCAAAACACACAAAUUAAAAGGUCUUAAAAAAAUGUGUGAAUGGAUCAGUCGACAUAAAUCACCAGUAGGUUUGAUCAUUGUAGUCUCUAUAAGAAUUAGGAUAUUACAUUAAAAUUAGUCUUGUUUUGCUCUUUGGAUAAAAUUUUCUAUGAAAUUCUGAGUACAAGGCAAAAAAACAGGCUUGCAGGUUUAAUAAUGAGUCAUAAAUUCUCCUUAUGUUAAGCCAUACAUGUUUUUUGACAGUAUUAACUAAUUAAUUGCAAAUCUAAGCUGAGCUCAGAUCAGAGGAUGAGCUACUAAUGCCUACCUGCUUUUUGAUGUUUAUGACCCUUCGAGGGAACCACACAGAACAGAGCAGUGGACCAACAAAACCAGAUGGAUCUGUUUGAUUUCUGUUGCCGGUACAGUCUUACCCACACUGCAAUUACGUGAGUAACAUGGACAUCUACAGUAAAAAUGUAAGCAGUUGCUUUAUACUGUUUACAUACAGCGUUUUAACUGUUAUUUGUUUGUGUGUUUGGUUAUGUAAUGCAAUUGGGACUCGGUUUGUAAUCCACUUUUCAAGAACUUCAUUUUGGAGCAAUAUGUAGGAAGAAAAUCCUGCUACUGCUAUAAUAUGAACAUGUCAGUGUCACUGAGUGAAUCUGAGUACUGUACAUCAUUUCAAAACCACUGGCAUACCAUUGUGUCAGUUAUAGAAAUGCACAGUCACUGGUCUGACCUGAGGGUUGUUCUGAUUUCCCCCUCUGAAAAAGCAGUUCUUGAAAAGCCUUCUGGAGGUGUGAGCUUUUGUUUUGUUUUGUUUUUGAUUUGUUUUUUGAUUUGUUUGGAGAUCUCAAUGAUUGCCACCAGCUAGAGAAGCUAACGGUAGCCUGUUGAUUUAUUAUGAGGAGCAUAGCCAUUUUGUUUAACAUAAACUAAUCUUUCAUUUAUUACAACAUAACAUUUCUUUUCUUAAUGUGCAAUGACAAAUACAUUUCCAAUGUAUGGAAAACCUGUGACGUUGCUCCUGCUGAAUGAUUCUGAAGCCGCUCUAGUUUUCUCACAUCAUUGGUUCUGUCUGUGUUGUUCUUUACACUGGAUCACCCCACCCCCCACCCCGCCAUGUAUUGGCAGUUUUUAACUCUAAAACUGACUACAAACAUACUGUGAAGCUGAUGUCUGCUCCACUAAUCCAGUAACAGCAAAUGCAACUGCACUGAGAGUUUGCACUCAGCUUGCAGAUCGAGCUAACUGCCCCUGUUUGGUGCUUUACCAUGCAUACAGAGGAUGUUGAUGAGCUCUGUUAUGGCGGCCUUAUCUCUGUGGUUGCUGAAUUCACAUUGCAGGCCUCUAGACUUAUUAGUUAUAAACAUGCCCAGUGUAAACAUGCGAUAUACCAUAAGUGUUUAGGCCCAUCACAUCUGAAACCAUGUUGUUAUUCAGUGUGAUUGUAAGUGAAAGUUGAGGAAAUGACAUCAGGAGGUGAUUCAAACUCCCUCCAUAGACAUUUGUGUAUGGGCAAGUGGGCAGUGGUGAUGAAACAUGGAAAGAAUUCCUGUUGGGAGGAGAGGCUCGUACACCAGUAAACACUGACUCUCUUAAACUUUUUCUGUCUUUCUUUUGACAGUCUCACUCUCACCACUAGCUUUCUCCCACCCCCUCCUAUUACCUCAUAGACUAUCUGGGCUAAUUUAUGGCCAUGAUAUCAUACAGUCUGGCGAACACUGUGGAUGUGAUGGCCUGCCGUUAAAAGUGUGACACUAGUAGUAUAUUUUACAGAAGGCGGCUGGCUGCUGGGUGCGGGGUGAUAGCAUAGUUGCAGAGGAUCCAGUUCUGUUUCUUACGCAGUUACUCCAGAAGGCUGAGCCAAGCACGACCAGUCAUACGCUGAUUAGUACAAUGUCACCCAUUAGAUUUUAGCCAAAUCAAGUCACUCGAUGUAAAAUUGUCACCCGGUCUCAUGUGGCUCCGAAUCACCUCUAGGUUGUUCAGGUCUCAGCCACUCUUUUUCCUUUUAGUGACUUAAAAAUUAGAAUACAGAACCUUUAUUACGUUUUUGGCCUUUGGCUAGCAAAGCUGGAUGUGAGUAACUGCUCCUAAAAAAGUGUGCUGACUUUGUCGGAGGCUUUUUCUUAUCCUCUUACUAAUCUCCUCACUCAUUUCAGUUGUCACUGAUGUUGGUUGCAACUCAGGUCACUUGUUUUUCAUGGAAGUUGUGAGUAAUAAUUAUUUGAUUCAUCUUAAACUGAGCCUUUCGUCUCCUUUGUGUAAUAAAUUAACAUCUGGCAUUCAA